CUCAAACAUUCAUCCGACCCGCAGCUUCCAAGGGCUUGAGAUCCUCCUCUCUCCGCUAAGGCACGCGCAGUUCGUGUGUUGUUCUCCAUCGCCUUGCAAGGUCAGCACCAACAGCAGCAGCAGCAGCAGCGGAGCAAGUUUUCGCGACAAUGGCAGCUGCUACCAUGGCGUGCGUAGGUCUCUCAGCCCCCGCCCUGCUCAGCGGAGCGCAGAGGACCAAGUUCUUCAGCGGUCACGUCUCGUCCCUCUCGACCGUGAGCAAUGGCAGCAGAGUGUCCAUGUCCUCCGAGUGGAUGCCCGGCCAGCCCCGCCCCGCCUACCUCGAUGGAUCGUCCCCAGGAGACUUCGGAUUCGACCCUCUCGGUCUUGCUGAGGUUCCAGAGAACUUCGCCCGGUACAAAGAGUCAGAGCUCAUCCACUGCCGAUGGGCCAUGCUCGCAGUGCCCGGUGUCCUGAUCCCUGAGGCUCUUGGUCUCGGAAACUGGGUGUCAGCCCAGCAAUGGGCCGCCACCCCCGGCGGUCAAGCAACUUACCUUGGUAACCCCGUUCCAUGGGGCACCCUUCCCAUCAUCCUCGCUAUCGAGUUCCUCGCCGUUGCUUUCGUCGAGGCCAAGAGGGGGGAGGAGCCCGACCACGAGAAGAGGAAGUACCCAGGAGGCCCAUUCGACCCUCUGGGUUUCGCCAAGGACCCCAAGAAGCUCGAGGAGUACAAGCUCAAGGAGCUCAAGAAUGGUCGUCUCGCUCUUCUUGCUUUCUUGGGAUUCUCUGUCCAGGCCAUCGCCUACCCCGGAACCGGACCCCUGGAGAACUUGGCCAGCCACCUGUCCAACCCAUGGGCCAACAACAUUGCCAACAUCAUCAUCCCACGAUCCGUCUUGUAGAUUUUAGUGUAUCGCUCAAAAUGCCACAAUAGUUAGAACAACUUUUUCGCUGUAAUAUUCUUAUCGGUGGAACUACAUUGUACAAUUUCUGCUUCGGGUCUCCGAAGGCUCAUGGCCUCGGAGCGCAUGUUUCAUUAGUCGAAAUGACGCUUUUCACUGUCAUCCUGACAGUCAGCCGUCUUCCCUUUCAAGGAUGUGUAUCGUGAAGAGAUGGAAAUCAUCAAAUUUACAAUUCAUGU